GCAGCCUUUCUCUCUCUCUCUCCCCCCUGCUUCCCUUUUAAGACCAAACAUCUCUAUCUCUCUCUCUCUUUCAGCCAUUACAAGAGCUCAACGAGCUCUCUAUUCUCUACACACUUCUUCUUAAAAGAGGAAAAUCGGAUCUUAACAAUUUUUUUUCAAGAUGCAGACGACCAACGGCUCAGAUUCAUCGUUAGCAGCAACUCCCGGAGCGACGACGCCUCCGCCGCCUCAGCAGUGGCAACAACAACAACAACAGCAACAUUGGAUGGCGGCCAUGCAGUAUCCAGGCGCAGCGGCUAUGAUGAUGAUGCAGCAGCAACAGAUGAUGAUGUAUCCUCACCAAUACGUUCCUUACAAUUAUCAGCAGCAGCACCAUCCUCACUUCCAAUACGCGUCGUAUCAACAGCAACACAAGACACAUGAGCGUGGAUCUGGAGAUGAUGUGAAGACUCUAUGGAUUGGUGAUCUUCUUUAUUGGAUGGACGAGACAUAUCUCCACAGCUGCUUUUCUCACACCGGCGAGGUUUCUUCUGUGAAAGUGAUUCGUAACAAGCUAACAUGUCAAUCAGAAGGGUAUGGUUUUGUUGAGUUUCUUUCACGAGCUACAGCUGAAGAGGUUCUUCAGAACUUUAACGGUUCAGUAAUGCCAAACUCCGAGCAGAUUUUCCGUCUAAACUGGGCAUCUUUUAGCACCGGUGAGAAGAGAGCAGUUGAGAAUGGUCCAGAGCUAUCUAUAUUCGUUGGAGAUUUGUCUCCAGAUGUGACUGACACUUUAUUGCAAGAGCUCUUUGUUGAGAGAUAUCCAUCUGUCAAGAGCGCUAAAGUUGUGAUCGACUCCAACACUGGCCGGUCUAAAGGUUACGGUUUUGUUAGGUUUGGUGAUGAGAACGAGAGAUCAAGGGCUUUGACGGAGAUGAAUGGAGCUUACUGUUCCAACAGGCAAAUGCGUGUAGGUGUUGCGACCCCUAAAAGAGCCGUUGCUAAUCAGCAACAACAGCAUCAUCCUUCAAUAGCUCUGAUACUGGCUGGUGGACAAGGAGCAAAUGGUUACAUGGCUCAUGGCUCACAGUCUGAUGGCGAAUCAAACAACUCAACAAUAUUUGUUGGUGGAAUCGAUCCUGAUGUUACUGAAGAAGACCUCAGACAACCUUUCUCCCAGUUUGGAGAGGUUGUUUCAGUGAAGAUCCCAGUAGGCAAAGGAUGUGGAUUCGUCCAAUUAGCUAACAGGAAGAGUGCUGACGAUGCCAUCCAGAGUUUGAACGGGACAGUCAUAGGCAAGAACACUGUCAGACUUUCUUGGGGAAGAAGCCCGAACAAGCAGUGGAGAGGAGACUCAGGGCAGCAGUGGAAUGGAGGAUACUCACAACGAGGACAAGGUUACAACAAUGGAGGAUAUGCUAACCACCACGACUCCAACACCUAUCCUGCCGAGACUUGAAACUCAAUUUGAUCAUUGGUCAUGGUGGUUAAAAAACAUCUGUCAUUGCUAAACUUGUAGUGGAAAAAAAAAGAAAGAAUUUUCUUAGAUGGAUUUGAUUUUGAUAAGACUUAUGCUGUUGUUUGGAGAUUCACAAAUUUUGGUUACUGCUGGUUUCUCUCAGACUAACACGAAUGGUUGUGUAACACAACUUGCGUUUGUUGGAUCAUUUCCACUUAAAAACCUA